GCAGUGAAGUCAUUUUCCUUCAUCUCCUCCUUUUAAGCUGGCAUUUUUGGGAGGGAGGGCCCUGUGAAGCAUAUACAAACUCUCUGUCAAGCAUCCACACUCGUCCCACAAGCUGUACCACAGGCCAGCUGAGAAGCCUCCUUAUCCUUCACACAGAACAGGACAUUGAAGUAACCUGACAUCAAGAUGGCAGCAAAGGGAGUCGGCAUGGCUAACAAAGGUCCAGCCUACGGUAUGAGCCGGCAGGUUCAGGAAAAGAUUGACAGCAAGUAUGACCCUGAGCUGGAGAUGAUCUUGGUGGAGUGGAUUAACCGCCAGUGUGGAUCUGGUGUGGGCAGGCCGGAAGCAGGCAAACUGGGCUUCCAGGCAUGGCUGAAAGAUGGAUGUAUUCUAAGUGAGCUGAUCAACAGUCUGUGCAGUGGAGAGAAGCCUGUGAAGAAAAUCCAGAGCUCAUCCAUGGCUUUCAAACAGAUGGAGCAGAUUUCCCAGUUCCUUAACGCUGCUGAGAAAUACGGAGUCACCAAAACGGACAUGUUCCAGACUGUGGACCUCUGGGAAGCUAAGGACAUGGCAGCAGUGCAGAGGACCCUGUCAGCUCUGGGCAGCUUGGCCAUCACCAAGAAUGAAGGCACAUACAAUGGAGAUCCUAACUGGUUCUUCAAGAAAGCCCAGGAGAAUAAGCGAGACUUCAGCGACGAGCAGAUGAAGGCAGGGAAAAAUGUCAUUGGCCUACAGAUGGGGUCCAAUAAGGGUGCCAGCCAGGAAGGCAUGAGCUACGGAAGACCACGACAGAUCCUCUAAAACCAUUGAGCCUCCGAAGACCAAAAUAUCUUCAGCCCGUCAACCACAGACCACAGUUGAGAGAGAUAUUUCCAUCUUUGCCUGUAAACUAUCUAAUUGGUCCUGUAAUUAAUAAUAGCUUUUCAACUUCAGAAUUUGUUAAGACUCUAAUAUUCCAGCCCCUCUGGUCUUACCACUUGCUGUGAACGGGUGAAUAUGCCCACUGGUGACCAUGACACCUUUCACCUUGCUUUGUCUUUCCCACUUAAGUCCAGAAAAAAAACUGUACUCUUAAGAAAAUCUGAACUCUGUAAAAUAGU